GCUCACCCAGCCGGGCUGCUUACCAGUCGCCGCCAGAGCCAGGCAACCACCAUUUCCUCGACCUCUAGCGGAAAGCCGGAGCAGCGAUCGGCGUCGUCGCGUCGUGCUCGUGCGUGCUCGCCAGUCACCGGGAUCGAUGGAGGGGCUCAUCCCGUUCAUCUACAAGGCCAUCAAGGAGCGGCGGACGCGGAGCUACUCGCGGUGCAGCUCCACCGGGUCGGCGCACGGCGGCCGGUUCGGCGCCCGCGUGGAGGACGGCGGCGCCUGGGACGGCAAGCAGUGGGAGGCGGCCGCCGCGAAGGCGGUGCCCGCGGGGAGCGAGAUGGCGCACCACCGCCGGCACCGGUCCCUGGAGGAGCUGGCCGGGGAGGUGGGGGCCUCGCCCGCGUGGCGGCAGCCGAGGGCCCGGAGCAUGAGGAUCUUCUCCUGCAUCAGCGGCAUGUGAUGAGGAUCGACGCCCGCCGGCGGAUCGGAGGGGCAAGGAAUUUGCUCGCUCGUGUUUCUGCUUAGUUCUGAGGUAGUAGUAGUAAUUGUGCAGUGAUUGUACCGUGUUAUACUGUUUGUCCAACCCAAGUGUACAUACACAUCGAUUUGCGAAGGUGCAGAUGAUGGUUUGCAAAUCCCUGUUUGUUCGAUUGUUGUUCGUUUUUAAGGUCCGUACACGUAGAUGUACGAACGAAAUUGUGAAAUGGAAUUUUUAAGUGCAGAAGAUCAUUCAGAAUGAGCAUCGUAUAUU